AUGGCGGCGGCGGCGGAGAGCGGGGGCGGCCCGUCAGCGCCGGCGGCGGGGGAGGAGGAGCCGCCUCUGGGACUCGAUUCGCUGGUGGAGGAAGCGGCGGCGACCGCGGCGGCCAGCGCGGGGUUCCGAUUGACGGCGGUGAGGAGAGAACCGGCGGUGCGGCUGCAGCACGGGGUCAGCGGGUUGGAGCCGCUGGCCUGGUCGGAGGAUCACCGGGUGUCGGUUGGCCCAAAAAAGGAGGUAGCGGAAUGCAAAGAAAAGUUUGCCAAUUCCAUGGAUCCAACUGUUAGUCAGACUUUUAUGCUGGAUCGUGUGUUCAAUCCAGAGGGAAAGUCGCUGCCACCGAUGCGAGGAUUCAAGUAUUCCAGCUGGUCACCACUGGGCUGCGAUGCCAACGGAAGGUGCCUGCUUGCAGCUUUAACCAUGGACAAUCGAUUGACCAUCCACGCAAACCUCAACAGGCUGCAGUGGGUGCAGCUGGUGGACCUGACGGAAAUCUAUGGGGAACGUUUGUAUGAAGCCAAUUACAGACUGACAAAGGCUGACACUCCCAGGGGAGAAUUAGAAGACUUCUCUGAAUUUCAGCGGCGGCACAGCAUGCAGACCCCAGUACGCAUGGAGUGGUCGGGUAUCUGUACCACUCAGCAGGUUAAACACAACAACGAAUGUCGGGAUGUUGGCAGCGUGCUCUUAGCAGUGCUCUUUGAAAACAGUAACAUUGCGGUUUGGCAAUUUCAGCUUCCGUUUCUGGGUAAGGAAUCAAUUACUUCUUGCAAUACCAUAGAGUCCGGAAUAAGUUCUCCGAGUGUCCUGUCUUGGUGGGAAUAUGAACAUAACAACCGAAAGAUGAGUGGACUUAUUGUAGGCAGUGCUUUUGGACCAGUUAAAAUCCUUCCCGUCAAUCUGAAAGCAGUCAAAGGCUACUUUACGCUCAGGCAGCCUGUAGUCUUAUGGCAAGAAAUGGACCAGUUGCCAGUGCAUAGUAUCAAAUGUAUUCCUCUUUACCAUCCCUACCAGAAAUGUAGUUGUAGCUUAGUGGUGGCUGCAAGAGGAGCUUACGUGUUUUGGUGUCUUCUGUUGAUAUCCAAGGCAGGUCUGAAUGUCCAUAAUUCCCACGUGACAGGGCUACAUUCUUUGCCAAUUGUAUCUAUGACGGCGGACAAACAGAACGGCACAGUGUAUACGUGCUCCAACGAUGGAAAGGUAAGGCAGCUGAUUCCUAUCUUUACAGAUGUUGCUUUAAAGUUUGAGCACCAGCUGAUUAAGCUCUCAGAAGUGUUUGGCUCUGUAAGGACUCACGGAAUAGCUGUUAGCCCCUGCGGUGCAUACUUAGCAGUUAUUACGACCGAGGGCAUGACUAACGGCCUUCACCCUGUUAACAAAAACUACCAAGUUCAGUUUGUUACCCUUAAGACUUUUGAGGAGGCAGCUGCACAGCUCUUGGAAUCUUCUGUACAGAACCUUUUCCGGCAAGUGGACUUGACAGAUCUUGUACGCUGGAAAAUCUUGAAGGAUAAGCAUAUUCCUCAAUUUUUACAGGAAGCACUGGAUAAAAAGAUUGAGAGCUGUGGUUCUACUUAUUUCUGGCGGUUUAAGCUGUUUCUCCUGAGGAUUUUAUACCAGUCAAUGCAGAAAGCUCCCUCAGAGGUGAUGUGGAAACCUUCCCACGAGGAUGCAAAAAUACUGAUAUCUGAUUCCCCUGGAAUGGGCAGCACUGAAGACGAUCAAGAGGAAGGAACUUCUAAACAAGCCAGCAAGCAGAGCCUAUGUGACACAGGCAAAGGUAUGGACAUAGAUGACACUGCAGAUGAUUCUCUUCCUCAGUCGAGUGACAUAGGAGGCCGUGAGCCAAUGGAAGAAAAGCUUCUUGAAAUACAGGCACAAAUUGAGGCAGUAGAAAUGCACUUGACACGAGAACACAUGAAACGGGUGUUGGGAGAAGUUUAUCUACACACAUGGAUUACAGAAAACACCAGUAUUCCCACCAGAGGAGUCUGUGAUUUCUUAAUGUCCGAUGAUGGAUAUGAUGACAGAACAGCACGAGUGCUGAUUGGGCAUAUCUUAAAGAAAAUGAACAAACAGACUUUUCCAGAGCACUGCAGCUUGUGUAAGGAGAUCCUGCCAUUCACUGAUCGCAAACAGGCAGUCUGCUCCAAUGGACAUAUUUGGCUCAGGUGCUUUCUAACCUACCAGUCCUGUCAGAGUUUGGUGUACAGGAGGUGUUUGCUUCAUGACAGCAUUGCACGGCAUCCAACCCCAGAAGAUCCUGAGUGGAUCAAGAGGUUAUUGCAAGGACCCUGCACGUUCUGCGACUCUCCUGUGUUCUAGACAAGAGCUGUGUAAAGACUGAAACUAUUUUCUCUACUGCAUAAGCUCCCUUCACAGUCUAGAAUGAUAUCAUGUGCAGGAAUACAAACUUUACUGGAGGGGGAGGACUCUGUCUGUGACCCUGUAAAUGGAACGCUGGAUGUUCUAGAAACUCCCUGUGUCCAGAGGCCAUUCCAUGCUCCAGCAGCAGAAGUACAUCUGGAAGAGUGAGCUCAUUAAGCACCCCAUUGAUGUGUCAGCAGCUGGACAUGCUUCCUUUCACUGAAAAGAAACUGAAGUCUUAAGCACACAGAGUGAACUGUCCUGUCUGCAGGACAACUGUGUGAUUUCCCAAAAGCUGGGAGGGAACAGCAGAGCUGCCUCUUGAAUAGCCUUGGUGGGUAGAGCAGGCUUUAACUUGUAGUGCUUGUUUGCCUUUCCCCCCACAAUACGGGCACUUCCUGCAGAAUAUUAAACGAACAAAACAUUUUGUGGUUCUAAUUUCUUGAAGAGCAAAGCCAGGGUCAGUUGCAGCCAUAGGAAAGAAAUGGGCCGACACAUUAGUUUCACCCAAAGUCUUGAAGAAUGACUGCCUUUGAGCUGUCGUAACAGUGUUGCAGUUAGAAGAGUAAACUAUUGCUUGGAUCAAAUACAGAUCAGCAAGAAGAGUUUUUAAGGUAAUAGAUUUUAAACUAUUAGCAAUUAAACACUAAUAUAUAUAAAAUUCCCAAUCUCAGGUCUCCUGCCCAACUUUCUAAAAGAAGUUCUGACUGCUUCCCAAUGCAUGUACUUCUCACUCCAUUUAACCCUUUACCAACAAGAAUCCUCUUUUCCAGAGCAAGUCAGUACCAAACCCACUACCAAUUUACCUUAAUUUCAAAUGAAUUGAGUCCCCUCAUACAGACUUUGUUUCACAGAAAUCUGAUGUAAGUAAUCACUCCCAGAUGACAGCUCUUUUCAUAAUAAUGCAGUUAAAGCAAAACAAAAGCCCCAACAUGGCCAAUGUACUCAGGUAAAAUUUCCACAGCUGGUCUUGGAGCCUGGUGAAGCUGCUCUUGUAUAACCCUGACUUUCUCAUCAAGAGAUUCAUAGACAAGGCAGUGAUGUAGCAUGGCUGAGCCCAGAAAUCCGUUCUGCUUUCAGAAAGAAAUCUGUCUUUUGCAUCUAGUUCACACAAGGAGCAGGAGAAUCCUUUUCAGCUUCCUAUGCAGUGCUAGAGGAACGAUACCUCUGAAAUACGUGUGGUUGUAUGGCACAGUUGUUCAAAAAACACGGCGUCAAAUAAUACAAAGUUCGUGUAUUUACAUUCCUCAGAGUAUGAAUUGGGACACUCAGCUGUGCUGCUCUGUUUGUGACAGUGUCAGUCUCCAGCAGUGCACGUGUGGAUUGGUGCUUAGUUUCCUUCAUUUAAUGACUAUGCAUAUUUUCUUCUUGUUCCUUAACCUCUAGCAGGAGCAAAUGUUUUGCAGCUAACAUUAAAACAAGUCGGCUGUCCUCACUAUUUGGUGUUCGUGCAUUAAGCAUGACAGUGCUUUGAAUGAAUAAUACUGAGAUAGUAGACUAGAGCAACGGAAGCACAUUCAUCUGUAACAUAAUUAGUCUCGUUUGUAAAUAUCCUUGGAAGUGAUACCAUGACUGUAUUAAAGAAAUGUUUAGUUUUUUA